AUGUAUCCUGGACCACCAGUCUGGACCGCUGGCAAAUUUAUUGAACGAGCACGAUGUUUUCGGCUUGCUCAGCCUUUUUCUGGUGGGGACCAGUCACUCCCGUCACAUCACACCUGUCAACCAUUCACCACGAUGGCCCCAGAGUCCUCCGAAGUUGAACUUAUGAAGGCGGUAGCCGUCGUCGCCCCCAAAAAGCAACGAAAACUCCGUCCUGCUCGCAAACAAGUCAAGUUUGGAGACGUCGUCAAGAUCGACACCCCACAGACUGGUAAAGAAUACAAUAUAUGGUACAACAAAUGGGCAGGUGGAGACAGGGAGGAUAACUACUCCAAUAAAGUCAAAUCUCAGACUCGGUGCAAUCUCAAGCGCGACUCUGGAUUAACGCGUGCGAACGUGACUGGCAUGAAAUAUACAUGCCUGUACUUCGCGCGAGGUUGCUGUCCAUAUGGCUGGGAAUGCGAUUACCUUCAUGCGCUACCAGACCCAGACGACCAGCUUCCCGACACCUCAAAAGACUGCUUUGCACGGGAAAAGUUUGCUGACUACCGUGACGAUAUGGGUGGUGUAGGGAGCUUCAACCGGCAGAACCGGACCCUCUACGUCGGGAGAAUCAAAGAGACGGGAGUCGGUCUAGAAACAGAAGAGGUUGUGAGGAGGCAUUUCAAAGAGUGGGGUCAGAUUGCACGAGACGACUCCGAAACAGGCUGGGCAGUAAAAGUUCUUCAAUACCGGAGUGUCGCUUUCGUGACCUACGUGUCGGAAAUUCAUGCUCAAUUUGCGAAAGAGGCAAUGGCUUGUCAGUCGCUCGACAAUGACGAGAUUCUCAAUGUCCGCUGGGCGACUGAAGACCCAAAUCCUGUUCAGAAAGUGGCUGAAAAGCGGCGUCUGGAGGAGGAAGGUCAGGAGGCCAUCAAGAGUCGAGUUGACCCUAGAAUUAUCGAUGCCAUGAGGACGAUACGGGCACUGGAAGACGGUGACGAGCUUGAUGAGGAUGGAAAUUUCAUGGACCAGGAGGCAGACGGACAAGAGCAAGAGCACGAGUCAUCCCAGCCCGAUGCCAAACGACGGCGUUUGGAGGCCCCUCCACCGCCAAUCCAAGACAACCAGCCAAUGGGUCUACUUAGCGCCGAUACGCUUGAAGGCUUGAAGUACUUUGCGGAGAUUCAAAAACGAAAUGGUGUUACAGUCCCAACCAAAGCAGUCACUCCUAUGGUAACACCACUAGCAGGGGGUCUUGGAUUGGGGGAUUAUGGGAGUGACGAGGAAUAA